UAUAGAUGUUCGUAGAAUCAGAUUGACAUAUCGUUUAGAACUUUCUUUUAUCAAAUAUGAGUGGUUUUGUUCUAAUUUACUCUGAUUCAAGGUCAAAAAUAUUAUGUUUUGAUGAGCAUUCUUUUAACCUUCGUGAACUCCUUUGGAAUGCUGUGGGUCCAUUUGCUGACGAUUUCUUUGUGAUCUGUAAUGGAAAGCGGGUCUCUGGAGAUGAAGUGUUACAGAAAGGACAUGUAUAUCAUGUUACUCCAAGAAUAUUUGGAGGCAAAGGAGGUUUUGGGUCCAUGCUGCGAGCUAUUGGAGCACAGAUUGAGAAAACCACCAGCAGAGAGGCUUGCCGAGAUCUCAGUGGUCGUCGGAUGAGAGACGUAAACAAUGAAAAAAAACUGAAGGAGUGGAUCGGCAAACAGGCUGACCGAGAACGAGAGAAGGAAGAGAAAAGAAAAGAAAGAAUGGCCAAAAGACGAGCACCUGUACAACAUCAUUUCAAUGAUCCAACUUACGCAGAUCAAAGAGGCAAAGUCCUGGAAAAUUUGGAAGAUGCUCUCCAGAAAGGUCUUGCAAAAGCACAGUCAAAGGCAGGUGCUUCAUCGACAGUGACAUCAGAGAUGAUUGCCUCGGACAGAAAGAGGAAAGCUGCUCCUAAUGAAGCAGUCAAAACAAAGAAAAGUCGAGAAUGGCUUGGGUUGGAUCUGGAUGACAUGGACAGUGAAGAAUCUGAAGAAGAAACCAUUUCUCCUCCAACUGAAGGCUGCAGGACUGGUGAAAACAGAACACUUGAAACAGAAACGGGAAUAUGUAGUGUAGAAAACGGCAUAGAAGCUGCAGUGUGCAGUGGAGAACAUAGGACAGAAUCAACAGAAGGUAGCAAAACUUCCGAACAAACAAAAACUGUUGUGUGUAUUCCUGAGAACUCUGACACAGUCAAAGCAUGUUUGAGUCAGGGUGAUAGUAAAACUGAGACUGAUUUUGUAGAUACGACUACACAGGCAGCAUCGGAAAUCCUAAAGACAGAAAGUGAUAAUCAUGUGGAUUCUUCGGAAAAGGAUUUCAUUACAGACCUCAAGGUGAAAACAGAAAAAGAUUUUGUUAGAGACCUCAAGGUGAAAACAGAAAAAGAUUUCGUUACAGACCUCAAGGUGAAAACAGAAAAAGAUUUCGUUACAGACCUCAAGGUGAAAAUCGAAAAAGAUGGGAACAGCACUGAAAAUAAUCCACAUGGUAACUCUCUGCUAGCUGCCCUACCCAUGCCUGUACACUCUGUGCCUGCAGUGCAAGUUAAAGAUGAGAAUAUGAAGAAAGACAGUCCAGCAGUGAAAUUUGAGCAAGUGGACCUUUCAAUGUUUGAUUCGUUCUCUGAGCUUGAAGCUCUUGGUCUUGAUCAUCUUAAAGCAGAGCUGCUGAAUCGUGGGUUGAAGUGUGGAGGCACCUUGCAGCAGCGAGCUGAAAGACUGUUUUCUGUGAAAGGUUUACAACCGGAUCAAAUAGACCCUUCUCUGUUCAGUAAACCACAAAAGGGAAAAGCUAAAAAUAAGAAAUAAAUUUGUAUAUAAAUGAAAGGUAAAAUUUAAAUGUUGGAUUUUAAUUCAUAAUGGAAUUAAGUGGUGAAUAAAUGUUAAAAUUGUA